AUGUACCGAGCGAUAAGCUCUGAGACUCAGAUGCUGUACAAGCUGAGCCAUAAGCUGGAUGCGAUUUCUGAGAAUCGCAGGCCUCUUGCGGCUCCUGAGACUCACUGGCGGGAAGGAAUUGACCUUGGCGAAGGCUACAAGCUCGGACUAUGGAACUUUCUGGCAAUCCAUGGACAACUCACUGCCCUCAUCGGCCUCCUCAUGCAUAAAUGUAUCAUGAUGUCAUCGUUUUCUCCCCCGGAUAGUCCAGAGGACGUGGACAGCAUCAUCCCUCCAGUCUGUCUCGUAGGAGCCCUCACCUGGCCCAUCAAAAAGGAGGUCUUCGAGGCACAGAGGGAUGAACCAGACUCUGGCACUAGGCGCACCGGGAGACUUUUUGUUCCCUCUGUCAUGAGGGCCAAGACUCACUUCUGGUGGCCUACUCUGAACCAAGAUGUCAAGGAUUUUGUAUCAACCUUUCCAACUUGUGCCAGGAAUAAGAUGGGCAACCAACCACCCGCUGGACUCCUGCAAGCUCUGCCCAUGCCCAGCUGCCAUUGGUCACACAUAUCCGUAGACUUCGUUACAGGCCUGCCUCUGUCCUCUGAAGGUAGCCUUGAUGUGCACGGCUGCCCAAAACUAGAAGUUCGCAGACCACGACCGCUCCUCAGCUCCGUCAUACCAGUUGCCUUGUCUGUCAUCCACCUGCCAGACCUGCCUUGCCUGCCCUUUGUCUGCCAGACCUGUCGAGUUACAUUCUGCAUGCCAGAUCUAACGUUGUUGCCCUUCGCCUGUCGGACCUACCUUGUCCAUCAUCCGCCCGCCAGACCUACUUUGCCCGUUCAUCCUGUUCCUUCCCUCUGGAGCACCUCGUGGAUCCAACUCUACGACGUUGCACGGCGUCUCCACCUGUGGAUCUUCGAAGGCAGACAGGGAGGAAGGCGAAGUGUCUGUCGGGGAGUGGACGAGGACCGGCACCAGUCGCAGCUGGUGGAAACACAGCAGCUGUUAUAUCAGAUGAGGGUGACAGCAGGCAGUGGACAAACCUCAGACACGUCACUCAGCCUUGGACAGAAUGAGCAGAGCCAGGGACAUCACAAAUGCCUUAAGUGGUCCAAAAAAGACCACAGAGAGAACAGAACCGGUGUGUUCUGCUCUCAUACGUGGGACGGCUCACUGUGCUGGAAUGAGACACGGGCCGGGACAUCUGUUACACAAGACUGUCCAGAUCGCCCUGACCUAGAUGCACACGAAAAAGUGACAAAAUAUUGUGACGGCUCAGGUAACUGGAUCCAGACAGGCUCCACGUGUGAACCAGCUUUAAUAGACAAGCUUCAGGUAAUUCAUUUUUUAAGGGAUGCCGUGGAGGCGCAGGCCACCGAGGCCAUGCGGGUUCGAGCAGAAGAACUUAUUCUUGAAAAUGAAAACAAAUGUCUUGAGAAAAUAAAAAACGAUCCACCUCAUAAUAAAUCAGGCCUGCACUGUAGUCGUAACUGGGACGGCUGGCUGUGCUGGGACGAUACUCCAGCAGGAAACUAUGCUUCUCAGAAUUGCCCUCAUUAUUUUGAUGACUUAGAUCCAACAGAAAAGGCAACUAAGUUUUGUGGAGCCGAUGGAAAAUGGUUUCAUCAUCCAGAGAGCAGCAAAAGUUGGACCAACUACACUCUCUGUUCAACCAGCCGUGACAAGAAGAUGAGGAAGCUGAAGCUGCGUGAAAAUGAGCUCAAAUGUUUUCAAAAGCUGAAAGACGACCCACCAUUUAACAAAGCAGGUCUGCACUGCAGUCGUAACUGGGACGGUUGGUUGUGCUGGGACGACACGCCAGCAGGAACGUACACGUCUCAGAUCUGCCCAGAAUACUUGUCUGAUCUCAAACCUGCUGAAAAUGCUACAAGGUACUGUGGAGAGGACGGGCACUGGUUCCAACAUCCAGACAGCAACAUGGCCUGGACCAACUACACUCUGUGUGUUGGCAGCGACAAGGAGAGGCUGCGGGCAGCCGCUCAGUUCUCCAGGGAGGCAGAGGUGGAACCCACCACUGUCAGUCCAGUGGACCACCAGCAAAAUCAGGAAAUUGUGCGGAAAAAAAUCCUGGACAGCCAGUACAAAUGUUUUGAGAAAAUGAACCGGGAUCCACCUUACAACAAAUCAGGCCCGUACUGCAGCCGUAACUGGGACGGCUGGUUGUGCUGGGAAGACACUCCGGCUGGAACGUUCACGUCCCAAAACUGUCCCAACUAUUUUGAUGACUUUGACCCCACAGAGAAGGCAACCAAAUAUUGUGGGGAGGACGGGCAGUGGUUUCGCCACCCAGAUACCAACAGGACCUGGUCCAACUACACACUCUGCAAUGAAAACACGAAGGCCAAGCUGAGGUCUGCCUACAUCCUGUUUUACAUGACGAUAGUCGGCCACGCCUUAUCCAUCGCCUCCCUGCUCAUCUCUCUGGCCAUCUUCUUCUACUUCAGGAGUCUGAGCUGUCAAAGGAUCACGCUACACAAGAACCUCUUCUGCUCUUACGUGCUCAACUCUGCCCUCACCAUCAUCUAUCUGGUCACCGUGGUCAACAACCCCAAAGUGGUGGCCAGAAACCCUGUUGGCUGUAAGGUUCUGCACUUCUUCCACAUGUACAUGCUGGGUUGCAACUAUUUCUGGAUGCUGUGCGAGGGUAUCUAUCUCCAUACACUCAUUGUGGUGGCUGUGUUUGCAGAGGAGCAGCAUCUGCACUGGUACUACCUCUUAGGCUGGGGCUUUCCCCUGGUGCCUGUGUCCAUCCACGCCGUGGCGAGGAAAAAGUACUUUGAUGACAACUGUUGGAUGAGUGUGGAGACCCAUCUGCUCUACGCAGUUCAUGGGCCCAUAGUGGCAGCACUUCUCGUGAAUCUAUUCUUCCUGCUGAAUAUCAUACGAGUGUUGGUCACCAAGCUGAGAGACACGCACCGGGCCGAGUCCAACAUGUACAUGAAGGCAGUGAGAGCCACCCUGAUCCUGGUGCCCCUGCUGGGAAUACAGUUUGUCAUUUUUCCCUGGAGGCCAGAGAACCGGAUGGCGGGCGAGGUCUACGAGUAUGUCAUGCACAUACUCAUGCACUACCAGGGUUUACUGGUAGCAACGAUAUUCUGCUUUUUCAAUGGAGAGGUGCAGGCAGCUUUAAAAAGACAGUGGAUGCAGUGCAAAACCCAGUGGGGACAAAGAAGAAAGGACCAUUGCUCGAUGCGCUCCACGUCCUACACAGCCACUUCCAUCACGGAGGUCCCCGCCUUCAUGUACCACCACGACUGCAACACAGAGCACUUGAACGGACGCCACACGGACGACUCUGAACUGGUGGCGCUGAAAUCAGGCGAUGCGUAUGCUUAAAUCGCUGCAAGGAUGAGGAGGGCAUCCAUGGACGCUGAGCCCAAAGAAAGCAACAGUAAUGAACAGAAAUCGAAUCCAGUCUGCUGCCACAUCCCAGUGGACAAAUCUCAGAGGUUGCUGCUGGUUUCAUUCAGCACAGGACAAUAAUACGGGUCUGGAAACAAAGGAGCUCAUCAGGACGGAUUAAAAACGUGGCAGACAAACUUUACACCGUACCUCAUUGCUGCUGCAGCUGCUUUGUUGAGAACUUGAGAAAUUUGGGUGUGAGCGAUGCUGAUGUGGACGAGUGUCAAUUUCCUAAAA